UCCAACAGCCAAGAUGUGCCCAAUUCAGCAUAAAAAUGCUUCACAGCCAGCCAAGGAUUCAGCUGAAAGCUCUGGGGAUUCACCUCCUCGCUCUCCCACCGCUGCUUAUGCGAUGUUUCUGCACCGCGAGGAGCUGAGACGCCGUAAAGUUCACGUUUCUCGUGUUUCCGUGACCAAAAUUCACCUGACUAGCGAAUUGAUAGCCAAAACCAAACAGAAUAUAAGGCAGUGCAGCUUCGAGGAUCUGGAGAUCUUGGCCAGGGAGACGCUCUUCAAGAAGAGUCUUCAGCGACAUUUGCAUUAUCGGAAAAUGCAAUUUCAGCAAUGGAUGAUGAACAAAAAGAAGCUGGCAACCAAGGCAGCCAAAUGAGGAAAGCGAAAAACAAGUUAA